AUGAUUGGGAUGCAGGUACGGGACACCGCUAAGCCGGUUACACAAUGCACAAAUAGGGAACGCCGGCCAUUGGGGGAUAUCGAUGUGAAUCGAAGUCAUGAUAAAAUCAUUCCGUCUAAGGAUAGGCAGACUACAGGCGAGGGACACAUUCCUUCCGCCUUUCAGGUGUUCGACGAUGGCGAAACAUCAUCCAAGAAAAAAAAUGGCAUAAAAAUUUCAACGAAAUUAGCUUCAGUUUUAAACAACGCUGAAAAGAAAAUGGCCAGUGACAAAACGCCGUUUCUGUCCAUCAAUAGGAUGCGGAGUGGUGAACAGUUAGUUACCAAGGAUUCUUGCGUUUCGAAUACAAAGAUAAAGGCAGCAAUCUUCAACAGCGACGUUCCGACGAAUGGUGUACCAGUUGCUGAGAUUGACCAGCUGGAGGCACAGUUUGCUUUGAUGUCUGUCGAAAAAUUGCACAACAAAACGCAAAACCAAAUCCCUGGAAACACUGCUGUUACUAAAAAUGUCUCUAAUGCAACUGCUCAUUCUACGGACAUUGACUUAAUGAAGGAAUGCUGUAAAGACAUGUGUGCAAUAUUAGAGACCGCCCCUCAAAUGCAAGAACCAAAAUCAUCCACUAACUCUACCUACACUGGUGCAAUAAGAAAAGUUGUCGCAGACACGGUGGAUGACAAAUUGCACGAGCUUCCCUAUUUUCAACUGAACGUUGAGGCUAAAGAAUGGAAAGCUACACCUGCCAAUGCCACAAACGAAACAUUGAAUGGUUCCUUUCCCGGUUCCUCUAAACUUCGUAGUGGAAUCCGAGAAUUACCAUCAUUUUGGAAUCUAAACUUUGACGACCACGCUCAGCACGGAAACACUACCGGCGCUCAACCAUGCGGUGGCAGGAAAAUCGUCGGACGACAGUUGACAUCGCCCAAAAGAAGGCAAAAAUCUGUGAAUCGAAACAUUAUGUUCGAGCUGGAUGAUCGAACGCAGGAAAUUUUACGCUACGAGCGAGGUUUGGAAUCGCGCCGCAAGAAAGCGCUCGAAGCGAUGCGUGUAGAACAGGAAAGGAUUAAAUGGUCAGCACUAUCGGGAGCAGCACAGAAGCAACAGCUAUGUCCAAUCGUAUCUACUAAUACGAAGAAUCAAUACCAGCCUGCUGUGAUCGCUGCUACAACAAACCAUAACCCUACCCAUACCGUUGCCGGUAUCCAUGGUUUUCAGCGUACCAGCAGCAGCAACAGCAGUUCUGCUCAUUCGGCCAACCAAAUGCCGUUGCUUCCGUUGGCCGAAAAACAGCCAGCCCCUGUUCGAUCCAGUAUCUGUAUAAUGAAGCAUCGAACACCACCAAAUACUCUGAUACGUUACGAAAAAGCCGAACUGCUGAAACUGAAUUACUCGGCAAAGUGUGCUGAUAAAAGGUAUGACGAGCCGCAGGACGUAUUUUCCUACAUGACACAUUUUAGCAUUGAUUAA